AUGAGGCAUGAAAACUAUCCAAUGAGUUUGUGGAUUGCGUUGGCAACUAAACUUAAAGCUAAGCUCUCCGAAUCUGAGGGAAGCAGUGCUUCGGUGGCAGCGGCGGAGCACUUAAAUACGGAGGAUGGACACGGAGGUCUGGGACAGAGAUGGGGCGAAGCGAAAGACAGGGCAGCCAAAAAUGACUUCAUCGCCCCAAUUGAUUAUUUGGCUAUUACGCUCACUUGUAAGAUUCCUCGUAAUCGACUUGUCACCCCCACCACUUGUGAUGCACCAUUUUUUGCAACACUUGCACCCCCACCACUGCCAUGUUUGCCUCUGCCAUU